AUGCUUGAAAAAGAACGAACUCGGAAUGUACAAAAACAAGAAUCAUCUAAUCGUAAACGAGAUCGAUCUGAAUCCAAAGAUGAAACAUCUAAACGACAUCAUUCACCAUCAUCACAUCAUCAUCAUCAUCAUCGUGAUAGAAAUACUAAACAACGAGAAUCUUCCAGAGAAACAAAUAAUCAUCAUCAUCACCGUUCAUCUCGACAUGAGAAUAAUUCUUCGUCGAAAGAACGUCAUUCACCAUCAACAAAUCAUCGUCAUCAUCGACGAUAA